CGUAACAUUUUGAUAUUUUGUCUUAAAAAUGUUCACGCCGCGUAAAUUAAAAGAAAAUUCGUCAACGCCUCGCGACAAUGGAGACGGCGACGGCGUUCGGAAGAAUGCUGCUUCCACGAAGAACAUCCCUAGCAGAAAGCUACACGGCAGAACCGCAAUGAAAAUUAACCUCGGCGAUUCGGAAUGCGAUACAACGGCCAAGAGUCUGAUACCGAAGAAAAAGAAACAUGCGCUGCAGAAGUCGAUGUCGGUGGCAGAGAUAACGCCGUCUAGAACGACGAAGAAAUGCAGUGAAGAAUCGUCAGAUCCUUCUAUCAUACUAUACGCUACUCCACGUCCUUUGGGAACGAGACCACGCCGAUGCGUUUUGGAGAAGCACAUGUGCACUAUCUACCGACGUCUGAUGUUAAUGGCAUGGCGUAAGACGCGAGCGUUUGCCACUUCGAUGGCAGAGACUAUAAAGACGCGAGACCACCAAUUAGAUACCUGCCAAAGAUCCCUAGAAGUCUUAAACGAGUUGCGAAUGUCCGAGGAACAAAAAAGAGUCCACGCAAUGGCCGAGUGUCAGAAAUUCAAAGAAGCCAACGACCUCUUGGAAACAGAAAAUAAGCGAUUAGUGGAAGAAAUACAAUCCUUGAGUAGGAAGGUCGAAGAAAAUGGAAGCGAUCUCGCGGAGGCAACCGAAAAGAACGCACACUUCAAAGAGCAAAUGCGCAAGGUUCACGAGAAACUCGUCAAAAUACAGGAGAAGGUGACGUUGCAGGAAGCGGAACUGAUAUCGCAAUAUUCGGUUAUUGGUCAUCUGAACGAAGCGCUGAAAGCCGCAGAGAGGAACCUGAAAGAUGUCGAGUCUAAUUUGAGGUUCAAGGAGCGAAAGUACGCUCAACUCAAGCAGGAAUACAAAAAGGAGGUGGAAAUGAACGGUGCCCACGUCAGGGAGAUAAGGAAGUUACAGGAAAGCGUCGACGAGUUGCAGUGCAGCUGUAUUCAAUCGCGGGAACAUUUCGAAGAUGAGAUUCGGUAUUUACAAGUGGAGCUGGAAGAGGAAAAGCAGUACUCUCGGUACUUCAAAAUCGCCAGGCAAUUCGCUUCGCGAUCUUCGAGUAUGUUGAAAAAAAUUGCUGGCAGGGCCGUGUCUAUUUACCUGGAUACAUACUGAUAUAUAAAACGUUGAUGGAGUUGAUUUUUUUGGCAAUAUUUGUAGAUUUAAUAGUCUCCCAAAUAAACUUUACAAAAUCUUUAAUGAGAAUCACCUUAUGUUCCGAUGAGAUACUCAUUUUACUC